AGAGAUGGGGAGCCUCCACUUGUAAAUGGUUGGAUUCCAUUCCUUGGGAAGGCUUUGGAGUUUCGAAAGAAUGCACAUGGAUUUCUUGCAGCACAUAAGGAGAAACAUGGAGAUGUAUUUACUGUGCUGAUUGCUGGUGGGUGAUACUAAUGUUUUAUGUAUACAUUUCAUAAUAAUGUAGUUCUAAAAAGAAGCAAAUGAAUAUUACUGAAAUGGUUGAUAAAAUAUAUGUAUUGUGCUUAUUACUAUGCUUAUUACUUAUGGCAUAAUGCUCUUUUAAAACAGUAAAGUUACGAACACACAUCAGACAAUCUGAUUAGACAAUACAUUACACAGUACACGUGUUUCAUGUCUAUUGAAAUACAAUCCUGUCCUCGUAUUUCCCCUCAGGUAAAUACAUGACAUUUAUAAUGAACCCGUUGCUGUAUCCAUACAUCAUCAAACAUGGCAAACAGCUGGACUUCCAUGAGUUUUCUGACCAAGUGGCCCCCUUGACGUUCGGCUACCCCCCUGUCAGGAGCGGCAAGUUCCCCGGCAUGGACGAGCACAUCCAGAGGUCCUUCCGCCUUCUGCAGGGCGACAACCUCGAUAACCUGACAGAGAGCAUGAUGGGAAAUCUCAUGCUUGUGUUCGAACAAGACUACCUGGAUGGGGAGAGCGAGUGGAGGACUGAAAGUAUGUACCAGUUCUGCAAUUCUGUCAUGUUUGAGGCUACUUUCCUGACCAUGUAUGGCAAGCCUGCCCACACCAACAGACACAGCGGAAUUGUGACACUCCGACAGGACUUUGUCAAGUUCGACACUAUGUUCCCCCUCCUCAUCGCCAGGAUUCCCAUCUCUCUGCUGGGAGGAACCAAAACCAUCCGGGAUAAACUCAUCAACUACUUCCACCCUCAGAGGAUGUCUACAUGGUCCAACACGUCUGGGUUCAUAAAGGAAAGAGCAGCACUGUUUGAACAGUAUGACUGCAUGGGAGACGUAGAUAAAGCAGGUACACACAGCUGAUAUACUGUAGCACCUGGGCCUAUUUAUACGUUUCUGUGAUGUACUUUACCAUACUUCCUACAUUUGAAUAUGUAAAUCCAUCUCGGUAAUAUGCCUUGCUACCGUGAUAUAUAGGCCUAAGGCCGAGACAAUAAGAAGACACAGUGGCAGAAUAAAUUCAACCACACCUUUGUUUCAUCACAAAACAAGAGAGCAACAUCUGUCCGGUAAAGUCCACAACACAUAUUGCAUGUAACAAACAGUUACAUGACCUACAGCAUGGUCAAGCAAGUUAAUGUUUCCGACAUUUUCAGACUACUAAACAUCUAUUGAUUUAGAACCUGGGAGAGUUACCGCAAGUCGCAAAGUAAACAGGCACUCACUCCACUAUUCCAGAACCAUUUCAACUGUAACAUUUCAACAUCAUCUAAUCACCUAGGCUUAGUCUAAUACAGUGACAACUAAAAAAUAGCAAAAACGAUUUAGUCCAAUUAACGUAAGCUUAAUAUGAUGUGGCUGUCCAUGGUACAAUUCAAGUUUUUUCUGUCAAUUAUAUUUAGCUUUUGAUGUGAUGUGAUUGGUGUGAAGCGAAAUCCAAACUGGCUUCCCUUGACACUUUUUUUUGGUGCACUCACUCAGUUUACCUCAACGCUGAUUGGCUAUAAUUUUUUUCUUUUUUUAUCAAGGGAGGCCAAAUGCUUGUUGGCUUCCCUUGCAUUCAAUGCUACGGGCGGCAACAAUGUCAUACUCUUUUUGACCAGAAAGCAUCAGAUAGAUGGGCUACGCAGACUGAGACAGAGGGGCGCUGUUUUGAUGCUUAUUCCGGUGAGAUACAUUCAGCCUCUUGGGAAUUGAAGUACAUUUAUAAAACACAGAGAGAUGAAAGAUACAUUAUUUUGUAUGUUUCGCUGUUGUUUUUUUGUGUAAAUGUUUAAACUACACUAAAGCUACCCUUAAGAAACAUAUAUUUAACUUAACUGAAAUUACUUUGAAAAAGUAGUUCACUACAUCCAAACUUCUUCGUGAAAAAUUAUCAUUGCAAGAUAGAUCACUUUGGGGUCAUAUGUUAACAGAAUGUGUAAUUUAGCCUAUUAAACACGUCUGAUUCCCAAAAAUAAAGGAAAUUAUUGCCGAUGUACUGAUCCUAGCCCAAGUUCAUAGGAUUUCACCCCGAUCAUGAUAAUUUGUCUGGGACGGCAAGAUUGUGGCGAAAUCGUGUAGUGUAUGCCCGGCAUUACUCUUAACUUUACCAUAUACCCUUAUACCUACACAGUAAUAACUGUAGGAACAACAUUGUAUUACCAUGUAGCUGCAUCUCUGUAUACACCUACAACAUAACAUGUGCUACUUUGACUUCAACCAGAACAUUCCAAACCUAACUAUAAGACUCUCUUCUCUGUACCUGCCCCAGCUCAUCAUUUUGCCAUUCUAUGGGCGUCGGUGGGAAACACAGUCCCAGCCACCUUCUGGGCCAUGUAUUACCUGGUGACACACCCAGAGGCCCUUGCAGUAGUGCGUGAGGAGAUCCAUUGUGUCCUGAAGGUCUCAGGACUAGAAGCAGACCACAACCGAGACGUCACCUUCACCCGAGAACAGCUGGACAGCCUACUGUAU